UCGACCGAAUCUUCAACGAUCAAUUACUUCAGUACUGUUCGAUAUCAGACAAGAUGACGGAUCAAUAUGCCUUCUCAUACCCCUCCCCGCUCGAAGGGUACGAGAACCUGGAGCCGCUCUCGGAUGAGCGAAACGAGGACGGAAAGUCCCUCAAGAACCCCCAACAUGGCAUCCUGAGCAAAGCAUACGAGGAAUUCCCGGAUCCCCUCACGAAAGGCCGACGCGGAGGCUUCGACAUACACAUCUAUCACUUUCAAAAUGACCCCGACCAAGUCACUUUCGCCAAGGCGCUCUGGGAAAGAAUCCGACGUGAAUUCCCCGAACUCCGGAUCUACACCUUCUUCGAUCGUCCCGUAGGACCGCAUCCCGUGGCCAUGUUCGAGGUCAAUCUAUUCACCCCGGCGCAGUUUGGAGCCUUCGUGCCAUGGCUGGUCAUCAAUCGAGGGCCGUUGAGUGCUUUAAUCCAUCCGAAUACGGUGAAGACGGAGGAACUACGGAAUCAUACGCAGCGUGCUACGUGGUUGGGCGAGAGGAUUCCGUUGGACCUGCGGACUCUCAAGUUGAUCUCGGAGCAGGCGAAGAAGGAGGAAUUGGGGAACUGAGGAUGAGGCAGUAAUGAUGGCGGGUCAUUCUCUCGACCGUGACUCGACUUUGUGUGCAUAGCAUAGCACAG